GAAGGAUCAGCUUUGCAUGAGACGGAAAACACAAGACGCUGAGAGUGAGAAAAUUAAAGUGAAACAGAAGAAAAGGAUUGAAACAGAAUGGCAGUCCAUCAAUCCCACUAUGAACCAUUACCUGUUUCUGACCUUCAGCGCGUUCUUUGGUGCCACAGAGGAUCCACUGGUCAUGUCAAUCAAGUGUGGCCAAGACUCUACCUCGGAGAUGCGUUUACAGCUAGAGAUAAAGCUGCUCUGCGUGCAUUAGGUAUCACUCAUGUUCUGAACGCUGCCUCUGGGAAGUAUCAAAUCAACACUGGACCAGAAUUUUACAGAGACCUCAACAUUGAUUACUAUGGGAUAGAAGCAUUUGAUGACCCAAAUUUUGAUUUGAGUGUCUACUUUCAUCCAGCAGCACACUUUAUAAAAGCAGGUCUACAAUCUGCCAAAGGAAGAGUGUUUGUGCAUUGUGCAAUGGGAAUAAGCCGUGCUGCCUCUCUUGUCCUUGCAUUUCUAAUGAUCUCUGAGGGAUUUUCUCUUCUGGAUGCCCUUAGAAGUGUGAGUGAACAUCGGGACAUUUCACCCAACCAUGGCUUCCUGGAACAGUUACGCCAACUGGAUAUAGAACUGGCAGGCAAGGGAAGGUCCUUGAGUAGUAGGACCAGAAAUACAUAAUUUUCCAAGAACAGCCAAGACAGCUGUUUUGGUAAAAAAAAAAAUACCCUUAUAAAUGGUCCUGGACAACAUAGAACCUUUACUGAUCUAAGAAGUAGAUAAUGCAAAGCAAUAUAGAAUUACAUGGUUACCUACUUUUAUUUCCAUUCAAUAGUAUCUGUAAAAAAAGCUUGUAUAAGCUUGUAUAUUGAUUGAGGCAAGACUUGCAUGAUUGUGAUUUAUUGUCCUAUGGUCCUAUUGUCCUAUCAAAAGUAAAUAUGAUGUGGGUCCCAAACUACAUUGACAGACAUUCAAUCAAGGAGGUUGCAUAAGCUGUAUGCAAAUGCAAGUUUGUCUAUAUGCUUUUUACUAAGGUCUGAAGAUUUACUGUAAUUGGUUUUUUUUUACUUGUGUGUAUGUAACAUAGUAACAUAGUAACAUAGUAAGUUGGGUUGAAUAACUAUUAUUAUUAGCUUUGAAAUAAAUAAACCAAAAAUGGGAUUAGCUUCUCCUUGAAAAUGUGUGAAAUAGAAAACAAUGAUGGGAUUAAUUUCCCCUUGAAAGUCUAUGAAAUAAAAAACAAUGAUGGGAUUAAUUUCCCCCUUGAAAGUCUAUGAAAUAGAAAACAAUGUAGAGAUUAAUUUUAACAAAGGUGUCAAGGACAGGCUGUCACUGACUAUUCAAUGCCUCUGCUAUUCUAAGCCUCCAUAGGACUCAAUGGUACUUGAAAGAUCAAACCUGCAAACAUUUUUAUUUAGGGGGGGUCCAAAGGGGGCCACAUUGCAUUUAAACUCUGAAAACAACAACUACAUUGAUGCCUACGCAUGGAUCCUAUCUUUCCUAUGUACAGUCAACUUUUCAUAACUUUUGCAUAACCCUCUCUCUGGUGGCUCCAUGCCAUAUUACUAUUGUUCAUGUCUAUUAUAAUUUCUCAUGACCGGCGGGCCCUAGGCCUAAUAUGUUUCUGCUGUUACCUUGCCUCUUCUCUGAUGUCACCUACAACUUUGAGUGGUCAAACCUGUUCAAUUGUUUCACUGUUAACUAUUUCAGGGACAAAUUCUUCCUCAAUUGUGGUCAGGCAGAAAGCAUAGGAACCCCCAUUGGGUAGCAAAACUCUGUCCCUUACACAUGGGUGGGUCAUUCCACGCCACUUACUCCCCAAACACUGGAGGAUUGUCUACACUGGAUAAAAUAUCUGUUAACUUUAAGCUUCUCUCACUAUUCUCUAACCCCAAGGGGAAAUAUCUCUUCAUACACUGUAUGCUACAUACUAUUGAAACAAUUCUUACAAAUAUUUAUAUCCCCCCUACUCAGAUAAAUGUGUUAUUCACUUCAACAUGGUUUUAAACGAGCAAUCUGAACACUGAAUAAAGGGAACGGGCAACACCACUACCAACACGUUCCUCAAACAGAUAUUUCACUAGUGGAGGCAUGGUGACAUCACCAUCCCUCCCAAAAGGGUACUUCACGCAUAGACAUGGUUUUUAUAUCUAAGGGUCUUCUCCCCAAUAUCCAGUGUAGAAUACCAAACUUAGGGAAUCUCUGACAAGGCCCCCCUUAAAAUAGUCUGAUGAGAUGACAUUACAAUUUUAACUUGAUAUGGCUCAAUGCCGUUGAUGAAGAGGCUAUCACAAAUUCAAUUAUGGACUACUUCUCCUUUAAUGACUUCUCUACUUCCCCAUAGUCUGGGAAGCAUUUAAAAGCCAACCUUAGAUCUACCCUCCUUGCAUGAUUACUACAGCUCUCUCUUUACCUCUAGAUGAGUGCUUUCCAGCUUCUGUGGUACCGAGGGCUGAAUUUUUCUGGCGGAGGGCUGAUAAUGAAAGUCAGUUUUGACCAUGCCCCUUUUUUAAAAUGCACCCACUUCAAACCACACCCAUGUUAUCA